AUGCUAGCAAAUUUUCAAAUGGCUCAGUUUCAACAGGUAAUCAUUUAUUUGUUCUACAUUUCUUUGCACGUGUAUCGCAAAACCAUCCAAGCACUGGCAUAUCCCAUUUCAAGCAAUACCCCGCACAACUUUCAACUAUUCACCGCAACCAGUCCCACGUAUUGCUACGAGUGCGAGGGACUGUUGUGGGGUGUGGCUCGCCAAGGGCUCCGGUGUACCGAAUGUGGGGUCAAAUGCCACGACAAAUGCAAACGACUACUCAAUGCGGAUUGUCUGCAAAGUGAGUGUGUGUGUUUCAAAUUAAUCAUUCAAGCUUCGCAUACAGCUCAAGCGAGACUGCUUCGUUCCGUCAGCAGUUUCUGUAACAUCGAACUUGUGGAGGAUGAAUUAUCAAACACUACAUGUGUCUACUCUAAUCGAGAUGAGAUCGAAAUAAGGCAAACCAUAUUUUUCAUAAGCUGA